AUGCCCAGCGUGCUGGACUGGACGGAGGACAACUUCAGCAUGUGUUUCGGUGUGAACCACCUCGGCCACUUCCUGUUGACCAACCUACUGUUGGGCCAUCUGAAGGCUUCGGCCCCCAGCCGCGUGGUCACGCUCACCUGCUCCAACUACAAGUACCAGAAGUUAGACUUCCAGGACCUCAACUAUAACCUGCUGCCUUUCUUCACCUACUGCCGCAGCAAGCUGGCCAACAUCUACUUCAGCCAGGAGCUGGAUAGAAUGAUGGAGGGCAAAGGAGUGACGGCGUACGCUGUGCACCCUGGUGAGACUUGAAGCACUAGUGUAUACUUAGAUUAAACUUGUCACACUGAUACAAUGAUAUUAUGUCACACUGAUACAAUGAUAUUACGUAAUGUCUGUCUGUCUUGCUCUCGUUCUGUCUCUCGUUCGGUCUCUCGUACCACUCUCGGUUCCACUUUUACUUUUGCGCGCUACCUGUCUCACUCAUUUCCGGCCUCCAGCUUUUCCUGCUGGAGCCCGCCGCUUAAAGGUGGGGGGCGCGGACCGGUCAUAGAGCCCAUAGAGUUAAAGUUGGUGGACUGUAACCUGUAAAAUCCAUAGAUUUAGGAGGUCUUCUAGUGGCCGUUAGCUGUAAAAAUCCAUAGAUUAGCCGCACCGUUAUAUAAGCCGCUGGGGUCGAAAAAUUGGGAAAAAGGCGCGGCUUAUAGUCCGAAAAUUACGGUAACUGUGCAUAAAAAAAUAUAUAUAUUGUUGUAUUUAUCGUUAUUGAGCAAAAUGGGUCAAUUUAUCAUGAUAUUACUUUUAUUUAUUUAUAUCGCCCAGCUCUAAUCUGCACAGUAUACUGUAUACUGAAGCAUUUAUAAUACAAAAUAAAAUAAACUCCCCCCUCUGCUACUACAAUUUCCAGAGGAAACACUGGUCUGUAUACUGUAGAUUAUACUAAUACAGUCAUAGCUGUAGAUCAAAUAGUCACAUAAUGAAAUUGCCAGUUGAUGGAAGAGAAAGGGGUGAAAGGGCCUACACUGCAACCUCUCUCAAUAGAUAGGCUUACUAUCUGUCUCACAGUGGCAUGCACACAUCCCUGGUUUCAGAUAAUGGAGGCACAACUCUCUUGUCGAUUGAAAGUUAAUUGUUAAGUGACAAAAAAUGUAAAAAAGAAAGAGACAUCUAUUACAGGAAGGAUACCUACCCGAUCCCCCCAUUUUGGGGCAUAGAAUCAGUGUGUGGGAAUUAUUUCAUGCAUCACACUUACACCCCUUCUCCCUCCCUCUCCCAGGCUAUGUUCAGAGCAGUUGGACAUAUCACUACUCCAUCCUGUUCCGUAUGCUGAUGCAGGUGAUCAUGUUCAUGUUCUUCGUGCCGUGUGAAAUGGGCGCUCAGACCGUGGUCUACUGCGCCGUGUCGGACGAGGCUGCCAAGCACAGUGGGGGAUACUUCACCGACUGCCGGCCCGCCACGCUGAGAUCUUUCGCCAGAGACGCCGGCGUGGCCAAAAAACUGUGGGAGGCCAGCGAGAGGCUGGUCAACCUGGCCUGA